GGACUUCAUUGUUUUUGUUUACAUUUGCAAAAAAGCGGUUUGAUUUUUGAUAAAAAAAAUUUUCUUUUGUGCAUAUAAAUAAAACCUAGGGAAAAAAAAGAAUCCAAAAAAAAUGUUUGCUCGUGAAUAUGAAUUGGGAAAAAAAAAUAAUAAUUUGAAUUGAAUUAUUAUUAAUAAUAAUCAUUAUAAUAAUGAUUAGCAACGAGAAAAAUGUUUGCUAUUCAACAGAGCCGACAUAAAUUAUCGCAGUCUUGGUAAAUCAUUCUAUCGAUCUGGAAAGUUUCCGCUUCGAAAUUGAUGAACGCUUGCGCAACCGCAGGUUCAACAUACACGUUUAUAUUUAUACAUCACACAAAUUCAGAAGGAAAAUUGAAACACAACCCCGAGGAACACUCGCCGCAAGUGUACUUUUCUCUCCCAAGUAUACUUUUUUUAAAUUCUCAUUGUUAUUGUUACAAUAUUGUUAAUUAAAAAUCCAAAAAAAAAAAAUAGAAAAAUAGAAAAAUUUUCUUUUGCAACGAGUUGCGAAUACAAGUAAAAAAAUUUUUUUUUAAUUUUUGUAUGUUCGUGUAUGUUCGCGCGCGUAUGUGUAUGUUUCUCUACUAUAUUAUAAUUUUUACUUGAAAUUUUCCAUAAAAACGAGGCUUAUUUUUUCGAAUUAAAAUAAUAAUAAUAAUAGUUGUAAAUUGGAGAAAUAAAUUUUUAUCUUCGAAGGCCAUACAGAAAGCGAACGAUCGAACGAGAGCUAAUAAAACGUCAAGAGAGGGUUGACAAUCAUCUGGGAAGGGGCGAAGGACAUCGAGGAAACAGAGAGGGCAGUUCGAAAGUGAAAAAAGCCAAAGUACCAAAGAAAGAAUCUCCAAUGUAUCCCGGUUCUUGUGCCGGAAGCAGAUCAAUUGUGAUAUGUCAUUGCCCCGUGAAUGGAGUUUUCAAAACUCGAGUCGAUCGGUCGAUGAUCGUGGACCCGCGGCGGCCGCGUCUCAAGAAAUUAUCGGUCCGACCGCCAUGGACGAGAAUAUGAACCAACAGAAUCAGCUGGGCUCUCUAUUUUCCAUUCAUUCGGCACCUGUUUAUGAAUUAAACACAGCAACAUCAUUAUCAUUAACAUCACCAAAGAGGCCAGCUUCAUUAGUUGUUCAUGUAACGCAGGCAAAUUCAACAUCAAUUGUACAACCACCACCAUCAUCACGUUUAAGUCCACCAGAAACAAUAAAUGACGACGAUGACAAUGACAAUCUAUUGACAAUUUCAAGUCUCACUGCACGUCCAUUAAUUGCCAAAUCGCGUGAAUUGCGUUCAACAAAAAAGAAACAGCAACAAUGUACAGUUAAUAAUCGAAAAUGGAUGAUGAUGAAAAAGAAGAAGAAGAAAAAAAAGAAAAAUGAAGAAACAAAUAAUGGUGAUAAAAUAAGAAAUCCAAAUUUUGUACCACUUGACGGUGGUUAUGGUUGGAUUGUUGUAUUUGGAGCAUUUUUUGUUCAAUUUUGGGUUGCUGGAUUAGUUAAAUCAUAUGGUGUUCUCUAUCUUGAAGUGAUGGAAACAUUUAAAGAUUCAUCGGCGACCUACGCAUCAUGGAUACCGGCAAUUUUGUCCUGUCUUUGUCUCGCUUUGGCACCAGUGACAAGCAUGUUGUGCCAAAAAUACAGCUGCCGAGCUGUGGUUUUCGUCGGUGGGCUUUUCUGCGCUCUUGGACUUACCAUUAGCUACUUUGCCACACGAUUAAUUCAUCUAUUUUUCACUUUUGGUGUUCUUACAGGAAUUGGCGGCGGUUUAUCAACAACACCGGGCAUAAUUUUAGUAUCACAAUAUUUUGACAAACAUCGUGCACUUGCCAAUGGAAUUUGUGUCUCCGGAACGGCAGCUGGUAGUUUUGUUUUACCACUAAUGAUUAAAACUCUAAUCACAAAUUUUGGCUUUCAUGGAACAAUUUUACUUCUUGGCGGUUGUAUGCUUCAUGUUUGUGUUAGUGCAACACUAUAUCGACCAUUGGAAAAUAAUUAUAUUUUACAAACAGAAACAACAACAUCCAAUGUUGCAAAAUCAACAAUAAUUAAUAAUGACGAUGUUGAUGAUAAUAAUGGAAUAAAAAUAAAUGAGGAAAUAAUUGAACAAUUUCCAACGAAACAACAAAAAUUAGAUUUAUUAUUUGCCAAUGAUACAAUGACAAAAAAUAAUCUUUUAAAUGAACUUUUUCAUCAUAACAAUACAGUAACAUUGGAUUUAACUGAUAGCGAGGAAGAAAAAGAUAUUAUGGGCGAGGGUUUAAGAUUAAAGCCAUUACCAAAAAUUCGUAGUUCCAGUAUUUUACAUAGUGUUGAGGAUCUUUCAACUGAUUCAACUUGUGUUUAUAAGGCAAGAUCUUCUCUCAGAUCUUUGAGAUCGUCGGUAAUUGCUGUUUGUCCACAAACAUUGACAAUUGAAAAUUUAUCAGAGGAGAAAAUAGUGAAAAAAUCAUUGGCACAAAGAAUAGCACAAUAUCUUGAUUUGAGCCUAUUGAAAAAUCCACAAUUUAUGAUGAUGUGUCUAUCGGUAAUGUUAAUGUCAACCGGAAGUCCCUAUAUGCUUUAUUAUCUUCCGGCGUAUGUUCACGCGAAAGGUUACACAAAAUCGGAAGCUGGUUAUCUUGUUGCAAUAUCCGCAACACUCGAUCUUUGCGGAAGAUUGGGACUUGGAUGGUUGUCGGAUUUGCAACUUUUCGAUAGACGAAAGGGUUACAUUGGAAGCAUUGUGGGAGCUGGAGUGGCAGUUUUAGCAAUUCCCAUGGCCCAUUCAUUUUACAUUUUAGCGUGUUCCGUUGGAAUGUAUGGACUUUGUUUAGGAUGUUGGUUUCUAUUGGUUCCAGUUCUUCUCGCUGAUCAAUAUGGUACUGAUAAAAUAUCAUCCACCUAUGGACUUGUCAGAAUGUUUCAAAGUGUUGCUGCAAUUUCAAUGCCACCACUUGCAGGGUACUUGCGGGACGUGACCGGAAGUUACAGUGCUUGUUUCUUAUGUAUGGGCACUUGUAUGGUACUGGGUGGUUUGCCACUUUUAUUAGUGGCAAACGACACAUCUAAAACUGAAACCGAGCUGCCAGUUGAGACAGAAAAUAAAAAGGAUAUUGCUUCACCGACCAAGGAUUAAAAAAAAAAAAAAAAGAAAAAACAAACUGCCCCCUCGACAUCGAUAAAAAUAA